CUAAUAUUUUGUACUAUAAUUUUGACAAAAUGUGUUAAUAAUGGCAACUCUUUGCCCGAUAAAUGUUCAUUAAAUAGAUUAUUAGACAAUUUGUUUGAAUCUCUUACUCCCGAUGACUAUUCUGUGGCUAAUCGAUCGCAAAUUUAUCAAAAAGUUGGACACAUUAAUCAUACUAUUGAUCGGUUUAAUCGUUUGUCUGAUUUUGCCAAAAAUGUCAGCAAAAUAUAUGAACCGAUUAUCAACCGAUUGACGGCUCGUUUCAGUGAACUAUUGAUGGAAAUUGAUUUACCAAAUGAUUGCUUAUCUUCGUUGAUAAAGUUAGGAUCGGCUGUGAAAGACAGGAAAAAAUGGGCACUAAAUUUUUUACAAACAUUUCCGGCGCCUAUAUCUGGUCUAAUUCAGGGAAGCACACAAUCAAUUGGAUACGAUGAGUGCCUAAGAUUAGAAAGCAUUCACGAUUCGAGUGGACAGCAUAUUAGGGGACAAUACUGUUGGGUCGGUAUUGUUAAUAUGGAAGCCAAAGGCGAUACAUAUGAACAGCUGACCAAAGAAAUUAAUAUUAUUAAAUUAAAUGAGAAUCUUAAAGAAUUUCAUCACAAGUCUACCACCGAUGACUUUAACAGAACGGUUAGAGUCAAAACCUUUAAAAUCGGUCGAAAAAUGGUCGCCGAUUUUAUUGCACUUCUGACUUACGGCAAGACAUUUGAAGGCCAUUUACCGACCGGUAUUUGUUUGCCCAACACAUGUAAAAUACAAGACAUUGAAUACGCUAUGAAUAAAGUUAUGUAUCCGAUAACACAAAUGCCAAUUGUAUUUUUAUCUGAAUGCGAUUCAGUAGACAAACCUAUGAAAGUUAAUGUUCACCAAUGGAUAGCAAUAAUAAUAUUUGUGAUAUUAAUAAUAUUAACAAUUAAAUCAACAUUAUAUGAGUUGUGGCGCAUAAUGUGGUCAUAUAAUCAUAUGAAAGACCGAUUGAGUGUUCAAUUGAAUCUAUCGUUUUCAAUGAUAUCUAAUUUCAAAAGUUUAUUCAUUAAUAGUAAUCCUAACAAUCGGUUUGCUUUUCUGGACGGUCUCCGAUCGAUUCUUGCAUUUCUUGUUUUACUAUUACAUAACUAUUGGAUAGACUUUUUGCCUUAUUAUACAAAGUUGUCCACUGAAUCUGUCGGCGCCCAAAUUAUGUGGUCAUCUAAAUAUAUGUUUAUCACUAAUAUCAACCUAAUUGAUACUUUUUUCAUGAUUGGCGGAAUGAUGACUUGUUAUGUGGUUUUCUCCAAAUUAGACAAAUCUAACGGUGCUUUCAAUUAUAUAAAUUAUGUGCUUUUUAGAUAUAUCCGUAUCGUUACGCCUUCAAUAGCUAUUAUUUUAUGUAUAUUUUUAUUACCUCUUUUAGGAAAUGGACCUAAUUGGUUGCCAAUAACCCAUGCCCUCUAUCUACCAUGUCGUGAUAAUUGGUUGCCUGUAGUCACAAUGACUAACAAUUUUGAUAUAACACCACCGGAUAAAUAUAUAUGUAAUCCCAGUUCUUGGUCAAUUACGUCCGACUUUCAACUAUUCCUGAUCGCACCGUUAGUUUUUCUCGUUCAAUAUCAUUAUCCACGAUUAGCUGUUUGGUGGGGUCUAUUGUUUGUAUUAAUAGGCUCAGUAUUAACUUUGGCACCAAGGUUCAUUUGGGAUAUUCCUCAUUUGGCUGAAUUUCGUGAAAUGAGUAGUUUCUGGGACUACACUACAACAAUGAUUUAUCACUACUGGAGACCCGAUUCACACUUUUCAUCCUAUAUGAUGGGUAUAUUAUGCGCUUAUUUAAUACGCAAAAAACCCAACCUAUAUCUUGGCGGCCGAAUCGGUGAAACAAUGAUUUGGCUGAUAACGUGGACAUUGACUUUUGCCUCAAUAUAUUGGACAAACCUAUUUGCUCAUAAAUAUUUUAAGUUUUCAUCUCAACAUUUAUUUAUAUAUCUAUUAUUAGUCAAACAUAUGUAUAGUAUUGGUUGGUUUUGGGCAUUUUAUGCCUGUGCUACUGGUAGAGCAGAUUUUAUAAACAAAACUCUCGGUUGGAAAGGAUUUACAUUUACUACAAAUUUAUCGCUUGAAAUCUGUGUGUUUCAUUUACUUAUUGUAUUUUAUCGUAUUGGCAUUUCACGGCAGCGAGUGGUUUAUACAAAUUAUUAUGUGUGGACAAUGUCUUUGGCUGAUUAUAUGAUAACUUUGAUAUUUUCGGUACCGAUUUAUUUACUAAUAAGCGCUCCGACGGCUAAUUUGUUGUCAAUUUUGAAGUCAAGUUUAGAAAGAAAACCCAAAAAUCUACAAAAGGAAGAAAAUAAGAAUCUUUAA